CAUCGAAGAUAGCGAGACCAAGUCUCUCAAAGUUCUCCCUCUCUCUCUACCUCUCUCUCUCCUCCCUUAUCCGCAGCCUUUCAAACCCUAGAAAUUCUCGAACUUGGAGCUCAUAUAUCGCUCAACAACCUCUUAAUUCUUAAGGAUUUUGGGGUUGCGGAGUGUAUGUGACUUCAGAUUUGGAGUCGAGUUUGUGUGGAUUGGUUCUGAUUUCUCUCCGUUUCGCGAAAUUGAAGUUCCCGGCUAUUUUUCUUUUCGGGUCUCAAGGUUUUGGGUUCGGGUUUUUCCCGUUUGAAGAUCGGUUCUCGAAGAUUGAAAUUAUUGGUAGGGUUUCAGAUUUAGGAGCUGCUAUGACUUCUCUGAGCAGAGAAUUGGUGUUUCUCAUACUCCAAUUUCUGGAGGAGGAAAAGUUCAAAGAGUCGGUGCACAAGCUUGAGAAAGAGUCGGGGUUUUUCUUCAACAUGAAAUACUUUGAGGAAAAAGUACAGGCUGGCGAAUGGGAAGAAGUUGAGAAGUAUUUGGCAGGGUUUACAAAAGUUGAUGAUAAUAGAUACUCCAUGAAAAUAUUCUUUGAAAUCAGGAAGCAGAAAUAUCUUGAAGCCCUUGAUAGGCAAGACAAGGCAAAGGCUGUUGAGAUAUUAGUGGGUGAUUUAAAAGUGUUCUCCACCUUCAAUGAGGAACUAUACAAAGAAAUUACGCAGCUGUUAACGCUUAAUAAUUUCAGAAGACCUUGCUGUGGUUUUUAUUUUAUUUUAUUUUUUUUAACCCCAGUUCAUUGUUUGUUGGAUUACUUUUGUGAACUGAUUGAUAAGUGAAAUGUGUGGAUUUUUCCUUCAUGCCGCACCCAAACAUUAUAUCUUUUAGUUUUACACACUACUUUUAACAACUUAUGUGUCGUGUUCCUUAUUUUUCCUAAUCUUUUCUUUGUUCCUUAUCAAUGCAGUCUGAAUUGGCAGCACCAGCUUUGCAAAAACCCCAGGCCAAACCCAGAUAUAAAGACACUAUUCACUGAUCACACAUGUACUCCUCCUAAUGGUCCUCUAGCACCUGCACCUGUCAAUCUUCCAGUUGCUGCUGUUGCAAAGCCUGCUGCCUAUACUUCACUUGGAGCACAUGGUCCAUUUCCGCCUGCUGCAGCAACUGCUAAUGCAAAUGCUUUGGCUGGUUGGAUGGCUAAUGCGUCAGCUUCAUCAUCUGUCCAAGCAGCUGUUGUGACGGCAUCAAGCAUGCCACUCCCACAGAAUCAAGUGUCUAUCUUGAAGAGGCCGAGGACACCUCCAACAGCUCCUGGCAUGGUUGAUUAUCAGAAUGCUGCCGAUCAUGACCAGCUAAUGAAAAGACUUCGGCCUGCUCCUUCUCUAGAGGAGGUUUCCUAUCCGACAGCCCGACAAGCUUCUUGGUCACUGGAAGAUCUACCAAGAACAGUGGCUAUGACUUUACAUCAAGGCUCCUCUGUGACAAGCAUGGACUUUCAUCCUUCUCACCAAACCUUACUUCUUGUUGGAUCUAACAAUGGUGAAAUUGCCCUCUGGGAACUUACUUUGCGAGAUAGAUUGGUUACAAAGCCAUUCAAGAUAUGGGAUAUCUCAGCAUGUUCAUUACCAUUUCAGGCUGCUGCGGUCAAAGAUGCCCCUAUUUCUGUCAGCCGUGUUACAUGGAGCCCUGAUGGAAGUUUUGUGGGUGUCGCAUUUACUAAACAUUUGAUUCACUUGUAUGCCUACACUGGUUCAAAUGAGCUAACUCAGCGCAUAGAGGUUGAUGCCCACAUUGGUGGUGUGAACGACUUGGCAUUUGCUCAUCCCAAUAAGCAACUUUGCAUUGUGACUUGUGGGGAUGAUAAGUUGAUAAAGGUGUGGGAUUUAACUGGGCGAAGACUAUUUAACUUUGAGGGGCAUGAUGCACCUGUAUAUUCCAUUUGUCCUCACCACAAGGAGAACAUACAGUUCAUAUUUUCAACUGCCAUCGAUGGCAAAAUAAAAGCCUGGCUAUAUGAUAACAUGGGUUCCAGGGUUGACUAUGAUGCCCCUGGUCACUGGUGUACUACAAUGCUUUAUAGUGCUGAUGGGAGUAGACUGUUUUCUUGUGGGACAAGUAAAGAUGGAGAGUCAUACCUUGUUGAGUGGAAUGAAAGCGAAGGAGCCAUCAAGAGAACAUACAAUGGUUUCAGAAAGAAAUCUGCUGGUGUUGUGCAGUUUGACACAACUCAAAAUCGAUUCUUAGCUGCUGGAGAAGAAGGUCAAAUCAAGUUUUGGGACAUGGACAAUAUUAAUGUUAUUACUAGCACUGAUGCUGAUGGUGGACUUCAGGGCCUUCCACGCCUGAGAUUCAACAAGGAAGGAAAUCUUCUUGCUGUUACUACUGCAGACAAUGGAUUCAAAAUUCUUGCCAAUGCUAGUGGUCUUAGAUCUUUAAGAACGAUUGAAACUCCAGCUUUUGAAGCAUUGAGAUCACCCAUUGAAUCUGCAGCAAUCAAGGCAUCCGGCUCUGCUGCUGUUAACGUUAGUCCUGUCAACUGUAAAGUGGAAAGGAGCUCCCCUGUCAGGCCUUCUCCAAUUCUUAAUGGAGUUGAUCCCGCAGGUCGAAAUGUUGAGAAACCAAGAAUUGUGGAAGAUGCAAUUGAUAGAACUAAACCAUGGCAGCUGUCUGAAAUUCUGGAUCCAGUCCAGUGUCGGUUAGUAACCAUGCCUGACAGCACAGAUUCUUCCAGCAAGGUUGUUCGACUUCUAUAUACAAACUCUGGUGCUGGUCUCUUGGCACUUGGUUCAAAUGGUGUUCAGAAGCUGUGGAAAUGGACACGCGGCGAACAGAAUCCCACUGGGAAGGCAACUGCCAGUGUUGUUCCACAACAUUGGCAACCCAACAGUGGUCUUCUUAUGACCAACGAUAUCUCAGGUGUCAAUCUUGAAGAAGCAGUUCCUUGCAUUGCACUCUCAAAGAAUGAUUCAUAUGUUAUGUCUGCCUGUGGUGGGAAGGUUUCAUUAUUCAACAUGAUGACGUUCAAGGUAAUGACAACAUUCAUGCCACCACCUCCUGCCUCUACUUUUCUGGCUUUCCAUCCUCAGGAUAACAACAUAAUUGCCAUCGGAAUGGAGGAUUCUACCAUUCAUAUUUAUAAUGUCAGAGUUGAUGAGGUGAAAUCAAAAUUGAAGGGACACCAGAAACGUAUUACUGGUUUAGCCUUCUCAACAAAUCUCAACAUCCUUGUUUCAUCAGCUGCUGAUGCUCAUCUUAGCGUGUGGAGCAUUGAUACAUGGGAGAAAAGAAAAUCGGUUCCAAUACAGCUACCUGCUGGAAAGGCGCCCACUGGUGACACUAGAGUGCAGUUUCAUUCUGACCAACUACGCUUAUUGGUAGCCCAUGAGACUCAAUUGGCAAUAUAUGACGCCUCUAAGAUGGAACGCAUUCGGCAGUGGGUUCCACAAGAUGUUCUUCCUGCUCCUAUAUCAUAUGCAGCUUAUUCCUGCAACAGUCAGUUAAUUUACGCUACAUUCUGUGAUGGCAAUACUGGAGUUUUUGAUGCGGAUAGCUUGAGACUACGAUGUCGUAUUGCACUAUCAACAUAUGUGCAAUCAGCAACUUUAAGUGGAAGCCAAUCUCUGUAUCCUGUUGUUGUCGCCGCGCAUCCAAUAGAGGCGAACCAAUUCGCGGUUGGAUUGACAGAUGGGUCUGUGAAAGUAAUAGAGCCCAGUGAAUCAGAGGGUAAAUGGGGAACUAGUCCACCCAUUGAUAAUGGAAUAUUGAACGGUAGAGCAGCAUCUUCUUCUACAACAAGCAACCACACACCCGAGCAGGCACAACGAUAAACAAGAUUCAUUGUAUCAUAAUUAGCAUUUUUAUUCUUUUAAUCUGUAAUUUUAUCAACAUGGAUUUUUAGAUUUUUAUUUUCCACCUCCCAUGUCCUUCAAGGUAUGGUCUGGGUCAGCUUGAACAUAAAACGGUACAUGUUUAGAUGUUAGCUCCUGUAUACCUAAAUUUGUUACUAGCCAACUAUGAUUACAUUAUUGGUAUUUCAUUGUAGUGUUCCUGUUAUCAACAUUGCGAAUAUGUUCAUUCUUACAUUACAUCAGAGCACACAGUUCUGCUGCACUUAUGAGUUGGUUAUGUAAUUCUAGUAAAAGUAUAUAUGUAUGAUUAUUUAUUUUUGUUGCU